AUGGAGCGUAAGUGUGGCUGGGACACGCUGCUGUGUGCUCACACCCAGCACUAUGCCGUGGGUCUGUUGGCCAGAGAGAUGCGCCGUGUCUCCCUCUCCUUGUGUUCUGGGAUUGCUCUCCGCCUGCUUGGGCUGCUCAGCAGGGAGGAGCCACGCUGGGAUCUGCCCGCCCUGGCGUUCCUUGUGGAGGUCCUCCAGUGCCUGGACUUGAGGGAAUGUGCUGACAGCAUCCUGGAGAUCAUGUCAAGACACCUGAGGAACGAGUGCAGGGAGAGGCGUCGCCUGGCGCUCAGAGGCCUCGUGGUGCUCAGCAAGGAUCCCUCGAUGGCCAGGAGAAUGGGCACUCUGUCUCCAAGCCUUCUGGAGCUGCUGGGUGAUGCAGACGGAGAGCUGGUCGGCAUGACGCUCUCUGUGUUCACUAAUUUGCGCAAGCGCAGAGGCAUGCUGGUAUCCAGCACCACAGCCCCGAAGCUGGCUGAGGCUCUCCUGCUGCUCUUCGACCACGUCAACAGCCACGUGCAGCUGCUCUCCCUUGACCUCUUCUUCAAUGUGAUGGAUUUGGUAGCAGAUGAGGAAAAAAAGCCCCUGAAGUCAGUGGUGUGCCAGAGCCUUCCUGCACUCUUCUUCCACUGCCAUGAUGAGAAUCAGCGUGUGGCAGAGGCUUCUCGGGAAACGCUGCAUUGUGCGUCCGGGUUCCUGAAGAGGAGGGAUCUCAAAGAGCUGGUGGAGACAGAGAAGCUGUUGGCAUUUGCCGAGGUUAUGCUGGCAGAGGACACGAGCCGAGCGGCCGAAUCCGGGAUCUGA